AUGUCAAACGGUUUCUCUUUAUCCGACGCACUGCCCGCCAGCAACAACCCCAACCCCUCUGCCCCCCCUCCCCAAGGCUGGCCCUCCUGGGGGAACCAGCCACCGGCUCCUGGGGGGUUCCCGGCGUACCCUGGUCCUCCAGGGACCUAUCCUGGCUCACCAGCGGCACCGGGCACCUAUCCUGGAGCGCCAGGACCAUACCCUGGAGCACCAGGGCCAUAUCCCGGAGCACCAGGACCAUAUCCUGGAGCACCGGGACCAUAUCCUGGAGCACCAGGGACAUUCCCUGGAGGACCAGCAGGACAGGGACCGUAUCCAGGAGCACCAGCAGGACCAGGGCCGUAUCCUGGAGGACCGGCUCCUCCCUUGAAAGUCCCCUUUGAGCUGCCCCUGCAGGCAGGACUCGUCCCACGGAUGCUCAUAACCAUCACGGGGACCGUCAAUCCCAACCCAAGCAGGUUUUCACUGGAUUUCAAGAAAGGGAAUGACAUCGCCUUCCACUUCAAUCCCCGCUUCACGGAAGAGAACAGGAAAGUCAUCGUGUGUAAUUCGAUGUUCCAGAAUAACUGGGGAAAGGAGGAGAGGACAGCUCCUCGGUUUCCAUUUGAAGCUGGAAAACCCUUCAAGCUCCAGAUCCUUUGCGAGGUGGAUCACUUCAAGGUAGCGGUCAACGAUGCUCACUUGCUGCAGUACAGCUUCCGCGAGAAGAAGCUGAACGAGAUCACCAAACUGUGCAUUGCUGGGGACGUCACCCUCACCAGCGUCACGCCGACCAUGAUCUAA